GCAUGUAUGUAUACGCUUUGGACCGCUGCUGUGCCUUUCUCCAGCCAUGGCAUUAUUCCCUUUUUAGCGGACUUGUAGGUGUAACCAAACCACCACCAACACGGCAAACCCAUGAACGUCUUACCCCGAAGCGAAGCCACGAGUUGCACGAUACGAGGCCGCAAAUAACGGGGUAGACAUAUGUAAUGAUACGUAAGCUCGGACGAUAGCCUGCAGAUAGCCGCUUCGCUGAGUAAUGAUGGCAUAUUGUUGGUAUUAAUGCUGAGGUUUGUGUCGCUGACGGUGUCAUUAGGAAACGAAGGAGGCCGGUGUUGCUUGCAUUGCGAUCAGGAAAUUCGCCCAUGGACGAACUCCUUUCGGGGGGGACUCCGCAUGGGGCCCAACCCUGUUACCCCUGGCUGGUCUAGCGCUGUGUAGUGUAGCUGCCGUUUAUCACCGACCACGACCCUACUAUGCAGUAUGUAGUAUGGUGCGCGCAUACGUACAUACUACAUACACACUACUGCUUCGUUGCUUGUUCUGCUGCGUGUCAUGGCAAAUCCCAUCCCAUGUGGCCGUUUGCUUCGGUUUGGUGUGUGUCGCGAAGCUAUGGAGCUGAAAAGGUAGAUGGGUGGAAACCGGCAUGGAUCAAGCGUGAAAAGAUCGCAUAUCGCCGACCGCGUUUCGCACAUGUUCGGAUGCUUCUGGAAGCCUGGAAUUGGGCCAAAAAGGAGGCAUCUUGCCGCCGUGUGACCUCCGCGAAAAAGGUUCAACCUUGUUGUCGCCCCGGGGCCACUUCCGCCCUUCCGGCACGCUUUGCUGCAGUUGUUAGGUGUCGCGUGCAGACGUGCAGAAGCGCAUGGCAGCGGAUCCAUGUCCACCAUCUUCCCCCCUGGCAUUAGUCAGGGGUUCGGGGACCAACCCCGUCCAUGCCGUACCGUUCCAUGCACGCGACGACACCACCGACGCAAGCCUAAUACGGCUGCCCUUUGUUCCCAAAGGGAUAACUCCGGAGCUGAAAAAAUGAUGCAUCGUGCGUCCAAAAGUCCCUCAGCCGCCCAACACAGCGUCUGGAUCCCCCAGACCCCAGCGCCGCCAAGCAGCAUUCGCGGCAGAAGCAGAGACUGCAACAGACGGCCCGGGGUUACAGUCUGUACGCCAGGGCGGGCACCUAUGCCACUCACAGAGCAGCGGCGUCAGCUCGCUUUUCACCCAAAGAGACAGACGGACGCAUCGGCGGGACAGAAAAG